AUGAUUGACUUGGGGCUGCUCCUCCACCCUGGCUCGUAUUUCCGUGACCUGUGGAACAUUCUGGACUUCAUCGUGGUCAGUGGAGCUCUGGUGGCCUUCGCCUGCUCAGGGACCAAAGGCAAGGACAUCAACACCAUCAAGUCCCUCAGGGUCCUCCGGGUCCUGCGGCCACUCAAGACCAUUAAACGUCUGCCCAAGCUGAAGGCCGUGUUCGACUGUGUCGUGAACUCCCUGAAGAACGUCCUGAACAUCCUCAUCGUCUACAUGCUCUUCAUGUUCAUCUUCGCCGUCAUCGCCGUGCAGCUCUUCAAGGGCAAAUUCUUCUACUGCACCGACGAGUCCAAGGGUCUGGAGAAAGACUGCAGGGGUCAGUUUCUGGACUAUGGCCGUGAUGACGUAGCAGCUCAGCCCAGAGAGUGGAAGAAGUACGAGUUCCACUACGAUAACGUUCUCUGGGCCUUCCUGACGCUCUUCACCGUCUCCACGGGGGAAGGCUGGCCGAUGGUCCUGAAACACUCCGUGGACGCCACCUACGAGGAUCAGGGCCCCAGCCCGGGCUUCCGCAUGGAGACGUCCAUCUUCUACGUGGUCUACUUCGUGGUCUUCCCCUUCUUCUUCGUCAACAUCUUUGUGGCUUUGAUCAUCAUCACGUUCCAGGAGCAGGGAGACAAGGCCAUGUCGGAGUGCAGCCUGGAGAAGAACGAGCGAGCUUGUAUCGACUUCGCCAUCAACGCCAAACCGCUGACGAGGUACAUGCCAGAGAACAAGUUGUCCUUCCAGUACAAGAUGUGGAAGUUUGUGGUGUCGCCCCCGUUCGAGUACGCCAUCAUGACUCUAAUCGCCCUCAACACGGUCGUGCUGAUGAUGAAGUUCUACGGAGCUCCAGACCUGUACGAGUCGAUGCUGAAGUACUUGAACAUCCUCUUCACGGCGCUCUUCACGCUGGAGUGCAUCCUCAAGAUCAUUGCGUUCGGCCCUCUGAACUACCUGAAAGCAGCGUGGAAUGUGUUUGACUUUGUGACCGUGCUCGGAAGCAUCACAGACAUCCUGGUCACGGAGAUCAAGACGGACAAAAUGAUCAACCUGAGUUUUCUGCGACUGUUCCGAGCCGCUCGUCUCAUCAAGCUGCUGCGACAGGGCUACACCAUCCGCAUCCUGCUGUGGACCUUCGUCCAGUCCUUCAAGGCUCUGCCGUACGUCUGCCUCCUCAUCGCCAUGCUCUUCUUCAUCUACGCCAUCAUCGGAAUGCAGGUGUUUGGAAACAUUGAGCUGAAUGAAGACACCUCCAUAAAUCACCACAACAACUUCCAGACGUUUUUCCAGGCGCUGACGCUUCUCUUCAGGAGUGCGACCGGGGAGGCGUGGCAUGAGAUCAUGUUGUCGUGUCUCAGUAACCGACCGUGUGAUAAACUCUCAGGAACCGUGGGGAAGGAGUGUGGCAGCGACUUCGCCUACUUCUACUUCGUCUCCUUCAUCUUCCUCUGCUCCUUCCUGAUGUUGAACCUCUUUGUCGCUGUCAUCAUGGACAACUUUGAGUAUCUAACCAGGGACGCCUCAAUUCUGGGGCCUCAUCACCUCGACGAGUUCAUCCGUGUGUGGGCGGAGUACGACCCGGCCGCGUGCGGCCGCAUGACUUUCCGCGAUAUGUACAAGAUGCUCCGCGACAUGUCCCCUCCUCUAGGUUUGGGAAAGAAAUGUCCGUCCCGAGUCGCCUAUAAGCGACUGGUGAAGAUGAACAUGCCCAUCGCCGAUGACAACACGGUUCACUUCACCUCCACGCUCAUGGCCCUGAUCCGCACAGCCCUGGAGAUCAAGCUGGCAUCUGGGGUCCUGGCGCAGCAUUUGUGCGACGCUGACCUGAAGAGGGAGUUGAACCGAGUCUGGCCGAACCUGUCGCAGAAGACGGUCAACCUGCUGGUGACGCCUCAUAAGUACAACGAGCUGACGGUGGGGAAGGUCUACGCUGCUCUCAUGAUCUUUGACUUCUACAAACAGAACCGAGCCAAGAGACUCCAGCAGCAGCAGCAUCCUGCAGGGGGACCUCAGAGUAAAAUGGGGGCGUUGUUCCGUCCUGUGCUGCCGCUGACUCACAUACAGGAAGUAGAACCUCGGAUCUGCAGCCCCAAACAGCCCCUCCCUCCCCAACCUGAGCCGGAACGUACGCCAGAGGUCCCGCCCAUUACUGCCAUCACCGCCGCCACGUCCGCCACGUCGAUAAACAGAGACGCAAUGUUGAACCGGAGGAGCGGCAUCAAACACUCACAGUCCGGAGACGUCGCUCAGGCGGCGCAGAGACCCAGAGGUCCGAGGAAACUGCAGAGGGGUCAGUCAGAGGAUGUGCCGUAUUACACCAGACCUCAGGAGUUGGUUGAGCUGAAGCAGGUGGAGAACCUCUCAGACUCGGAGGGAUAUCCCAGCCUGGAGGGCCACUGCCGAGCGGCCUCUCUCCCCAGACUCAACGCCGAGUACUACCGGAGCCACCCUCGCCACGCCCCUGGGACCCACCUGGCACCGAUCGUCGACCUCAGUCCCAUCAGGCGCUCGGCGUCCUCGCUGACGCCGCAGCGCCACCAGGAGGACGGGCUGAGGGAGUACGACCUGGAGCGGCUCGGCCUGGCUCAGGCCUCGGCGGUCCAGGGUCAGGAUCGAGCUCACCACCAUCACCACCACCACCGCUGCCAUCGACGCAGGGACAAGGACAAAGACAAGAAGCAGAAGUCCCUGGACAGAACGGCGUCUGUUCAUCCGUCCAGCACCAUCGAUUCGUUCACCGACCCUUCAGCUGAAGGUUUGUCCAGAGAACGAGCGAGGGAGCGGGACCGCAGCCGGCCUCACGAGCGGAGACACCACUCCUCCGCCGGAGAGAAGCAGCGCUACUACUCCUGUGAGCGUUACGGCAGCAGGGAGCAGUGUUACGCCCGGUCGGCCGGCCCCAGUAGAUCCACGUCGCCCGGUGAGGGUCAGGACGCCGGUUUGGUUAAACAGUAUGGUAGCAACGUGGGUAAAGCUGGUACCGUGGCGCUCCCAUCUGGUUCGAGCACGCCAGGCCGUAGUCGCAGGCAGCUGCCCCAGACGCCCCUCACCCCUCGUCCUGCCGUGACCUACAAGACCGCCAACUCCUCACCUCUCCCGUCCGGCGCCAGCAACACCACAAAAGGGCACCAGACGCGCUUCAGCCGUGGCCUUUCAGAGCACGACCGCUUAUUCGGGGACCACAACGAGUCCCCGAUCCCGGUCACCCGCAUCGGUUCGGACCCUUAUUUAAACCGGCAGCUGCAGGACGCUUCUCAACAGGCCCUCCUUGAGGAGACCGAGGACUUGCAGGACGCCGUGCGCAGCCAUGCCAGAACCACUGCCUCAACUACAGCCUCCGCUUCGCACGGUACUGCCGCCGCGGCCGUCACGAUGCCCGUCUCGCAGGCCCGGGCGGCAGUGGUGGCAAACGGGUUCCACUUCACCCUCGGGGUCAGCUCCGUGUCCGGGCCUGGGAGCAGAGGAACAGGAAGUCUCAGGGAGAGGGAAGACGAGGACUGGUGCUAACAUGGCGGAACACUUUGGGGCGAUGUUGGCGUCGGGGCUGUAAAGCGCUCGUGCCAGAGGAUCGAUACCGAAGGAACCCGCGAGAUGGAAAAGUGCUGUAAAAGGGGAUCAGAAAUCAUUCCAGCUUUGUGGUGUUGCUCUCCUUUUUUAAAGAACAGAAAGACUCUGAUGACGUUUUGUAACCCCCCUUUACUUGCACUGAAAUCAUAGCACAUGUGAAGACCCUUAAGUAUUUUUGCCUUGGCCAGUAAAAUCAGUGUUGGAGCAGAAGACAAAAGCCAAAAUUUCCUUAUUCUAAAAAAAACCCUCAUUCCUGGUGUCAGCACGACUGCUCACAACGUUUCGAUCGUCACUGUACGUUUUGUUUUGAUUACGUUUGCCAACAGUUAACAGUUUUUACAUUUAAU